AUGACCGACCCUCGCGCCGCGCCUCGGCAGCCGUCACACUUCGGGUCGUUGUCGAGUGCAGAGGAGGAGGAGGAAAAGCAUAAUACUGAGGCGCACUCAUGGACUGACGAUCGGUUCUUUUUGACUCCGCCCGUCCCAACGUCCGCGGUGAAUCCUUUGGACCAGACACUGUACCAAGCGAACGCGCAGGCAUUCCAGUUCAACCAACAUGCAACCUCGCAAAAUGCACAACAGUUUGCCUCAUCCCUGGAUGCUCGCCUUAGCCAUCCUGACCCGUCGCUUCUGUUGGGCGGUCUUCAUAUCAGGACCGAUGUCAACACUCUCAAGCGAUCGGGGUCAACCCACUCUAUGGACUACGAGUCGCAGUUGCGUCCGAGUGCUUCUGUGGCGAGUCUUCCACGUCGAGCACCUAGUAUCAGGGCGCACCUGCACUCCUCCGCUGGGUCGGUAUCACCUGGCGCUGUGAUCUCGUCGCCGCAAAUAGCAGCAAUGCUGGAUAUAACGCCGCUGCCCUCGCCGACAAUGGGAGCGUUCGAAUCCUGGAAACCAUUCUCACGACCUCGAUCUCGUGGUUCUUCGAUAUCCUCGCUCAAGGCUGAAAUCCUUACUGAGGCUCAACCCUCUACCCUGUCACCCACUUCGCCUCGCCGCAAGGGCUACCCAGGUCUUCAAUUCCCUUCUUCGAGCUCGAGGCCGAACACUGGUGAUGAUCUUCCCAUUGAGGAAAACCACCCUAGAAGUGUCAGCGACUAUGUUCCUGACGCGCCUCCGGCGGCAAAGCCGCGACAUGUUGCCGUGUCAGUUGCUGGUGUCCCAACCGAGAGUAUGCAGCCGACAUCUGCAAUGCACCGCGAAGAAUAUAUUGGCCCGCAGCGAGGACUGAGCGCCCGGCCACCAACUCCGCCUCCGACCGUGGUAGAAGUGGAAAGUGGUCUGGAAGAUGAGCCGCUAGCCAAAAAGCCACGACUGGAGGUCUUCCAUGCCAGGAGCGUGGUGACCGGGGAGCCUCGAUCUUACGAAGCCAUCCGUCUCCUUGGCCAAGGGACAUUUAGCAAAGUCUACUUGGCAGUGCGCAAACUAAACCAUGACCGUAAGGACAGCGUGGAUUACAGGCAGGACAGCAUCAACAUGGCGGGAGUCAGAGCUCGAUCAAGAAGAUUGGUAGCGGUCAAAGUCGUGGAACACGGUCCAGCUGGUGGAGCAGACGCGGAGAGAAUCGAAGUCGGGUUGAAACGAGAAGUGGACCUCAUGAAAGCGAUCAAGCAUCCCUCUGUCGUUCACUUGAAAGCAUUUGGUCACGAUGGAGAUUCACGGGCACUGCUAGUCAUGAACUAUUGUCCAGGAGGGGAUUUGUUUGAGGUCGCAAGUAAACAUCAAGAAGCCCUCACUCCGCCUCUGGUUCGACGAAUAUUCGCCGAGCUCGUUUCAGCCUGUCGCUACCUCCACCAGAAGUAUGUUGUCCAUCGGGAUAUCAAGCUCGAAAAUGUCCUCCUCAAUAUACCUGUGCGGGUCCAUCCAGAUGUGUCCAGUUGGCAGACCUUGGAUCGAGCCGUGGUCACCUUGACUGAUCUAGGUCUCUCCCGUCGAAUACCAGAACCACCGGAGAGCCCCUUACUGACGACACGAUGUGGGAGUGAAGACUAUGCGGCUCCCGAGAUCAUCAUGGGCCAACCUUAUGAUGGACGGCAGACGGACGCUUGGGCUCUGGGUGUCCUUUUGUACGCUUUGAUGGAAGGCAGAUUACCCUUUGAUCCUUUGCCGGGCGCCCGGGGUGAUCCUGCAACACUACGAGCAAGGACGCCACAUCGGAUCGCUCGUUGCGAAUGGGCUUGGGUCAAAUAUGGGAAUGAGGACGGCGAAUGGGAUCUCGAGAAAGGACGGGAGUUCCAGGGGGCAGCCGAGUGUGUCGACGGCCUGCUGAAGAGGGCGAGUCGCCGCAAACCGCUGUCGGAAAUCCGCGAGAUGCCCUGGGUCAGGGAUGGGAUCCAAGUGGACGGCGGACUUCGAUGGGUCGAGGAAGAGAUUCUGUAA